AUGUAUCGCAUCACUAAUAUCUAUGUUCUCGCUGCCUUUGGCACGAUCGGAGGUGCCCUGUUCGGUUUCGAUGUCAGUUCAAUGAGCGCUUGGAUCGGAACAGACCAGUACCUGGAAUAUUUCAACCAUCCAAACUCUGAUCUUCAAGGAGGAAUUACCGCGUCAAUGUCGGCCGGAUCUUUCGCUGGUGCCAUCGCCGCCGGUUGGGUUGCUGACCAUCUCGGUCGUCGCUAUGCCUUGAUGAUCGCCUCCGUCAUUUGGAUCAUUGGUGCUGUCAUUCAGUGUUCUGCUCAGAAUGUUGCUCAUCUUGUCGCGGGGCGAGUCAUCAGCGGUCUUUCUGUCGGUAUUACCUCGAGUCAAGUCUGUGUAUACUUGGCCGAGCUGGCUCCUGCCAAGAUCCGUGGUCGCAUCGUCGGUAUCCAACAAUGGGCAAUCGAGUGGGGUAUUUUGAUCAUGUACCUGAUCUCCUGGGGCUGCGGCAAGGGUGUUGAUGGCCCAUCAUCCUUCCGAAUUGCCUGGGGAGUCCAGGCCAUCCCGGGGCUGAUCCUCCUCCUCGCGUUACCCUUCUUCCCCGAAUCCCCCCGCUGGCUCGCUGGCCAAGAACGAUGGGAAGAAGCCCUCGACACGCUCGCCCUUCUGCAUGGUAACGGAAACCGAAACGAUCCAGUCGUCCAGGUCGAGUACGAAGAGGUCCAGGAAGCCGCUCGGAUUGCCCAUGAGGCCAAGGAUGUCACCUUCCUCGCUCUCUUUGGCCCCGAGAUUUGGAAGCGGACUCUUUGCGGUGUUAGUGUUCAGGUUUGGCAGCAGCUUCUCGGUGGGAAUGUUGCCAUGUACUACGUUGUUUAUAUCUUCCAGCAGGCUGGCAUGACCGGUGAUACCUCUCUAUACUCCUCAAUCAUCCAAUACGUCAUCUUCCUCGUGACAACAGGCGUUAUCCUCCCUUACAUCGAUCGAAUCGGACGCCGUCUCUUGCUCAUUUCCGGUGCCAUCGCAUCCAUGGCUCUGCACUUCGCUAUUGCUGGUACAAUGGCAACGUACGGAAACCCGGUCGACUCGAUUAACGGAAACGAGAACCUAAAGUGGGAGGUGAAGGGCGCGGCAGGAAAGGGAGUUAUUGCGUGCUCCUACAUUUUCGUCGGAGUUUACGGCCUUACCUGGGCCCCCACCGCCUGGAUUUAUGCCUCCGAGGUCUUCCCCCUCAAGUACCGCGCCAAGGGUGUCGGUCUGUCCGCAGCAGGAAACUGGAUAUUCAACUUUGCCCUCGCAUACUUUGUCGCUCCGGCUUUCACGAACAUUCAGUGGAAGACAUAUAUCAUCUUCGGUGUUUUCUGUACUGUAAUGACCUUCCACGUCUUCUUCAUGUACCCUGAGACAGCAGAACGAUCUCUCGAGGAGAUUGAUCUCAUGUUUGACUCUGGGGUCAAGGCGUGGGAGACGGCCAAGAUGCAUGGCCGGUUCGGGGAGCAGAUCGAACAGCACCGCAAGCAGAGUGUUGUUGAUGACCAUAUGGGGGAUGCUAGCCACAAGGAAGACGUCUAG